CGGCGUGAGGCGCAGGCGGAAGGCCGCCGGGAGGCACUGGGUCCCCGAGGCCCGGGCCAGCGUCCUGAGGGGCAUUCAGGACCCUUGGCAAGGCCCUGCCGUGCACGCGGCCCCCGCGGAGGGCAUGAAAGGAGUCCCUUCGGGCAGGACCGCCAAGACUCCCGAGAGCAGGCCGCCGGGGGAGCCCCGCGGGAGCUACUGCAUGUCCGAGGACAGUGACAUCAACAUCACCAGCGAGGAAGAGGACCGCAAGGAGCAGCCUCUCCCUGGCCUCAAAGAGAAGGAGAGCGCCGGCGGCGUCCCCUGGGCUUCCCUGGAGAGCAGGGCUGCGCCACCAGAGGGCCUUUGCUGCUACAUUUGUGGGUCGGCUCUGGCGCCGGCCUCGCAGCACCAGAUCCACGUGCAGAAGCAGGAAAAGCUGGCCCAGGCUCCCUUCUUCCCCUUCUUGUGGCUGCACAGCCCCCCUGCAGGGGCCCAGCCCAUCGGCGAGGGCGGCAGCACCCUGGUGUGCCCCUGCUGCUUCUCCUCGCUCAUGCAGCAGUGGCAGAACUUCGAGCUGGCCAGCGUGCCCGUCCUGCAGCGGCUCUACGUGGUGCCCCUGAACAGCCAUGCGCCCGGCAUGGCCUCCAAGGGCAGGAGGCUCCCCAGGGAAGACGGCCCGCCUGCUGGGGCCCUGCCGGAGGCCUGCUACCUCUGUGGGGAGGACUGUACCCAGGAUGCCCGGGCAGUGGCCUCCAGGAUCGUCAAUGGCAGUGCCAGAGGCUCCAUGCAUUUCCCCUUCCUCAGCCUCUUGCCCUGUCCCCCCAAUGCCCGGGGCCCCAACAAGCGCUGUGAGGUCCGAAGCUGCCCCAAGUGCUUCAGCGUCCUGGAGGACGUCUGGGCCCUGUACCGGGCCUGCCAGAACGAGGAGCUUAUCACCUCCGUGCAGGGGUUCCUGGGCAGGUACCACCAGGCUUUCUCGGCUUCAGACCCUGCUCUCUCCGAGCCGCCGGCCCCGACCCGGGGCAGCCCGGCGUCCGUCUGCUACAUCUGCGGGGCUGAGCUGGGCCCUGGGAAGGAGUUCCAGCUCAACGUGAACCCCUCCAGCCGCCUGGGCGAGAAGGAGCCCUUCUUCCCGUUCCUCACCGUUUACCAGCCCGCCCCGCGUGCCAGGCCUGCUGACUCCACCGGCCUGGUGGCCACCUGCGUCCUGUGCUACCACGACCUGCUGGGCCAGUGGCUGCAACACGAGGCCCGCAACGCCCACCACACCGUCAGCCCCUGGUCGCGGCAGUACGAGGUGGAGACGUUCGUGUGCUUUUUUUGCCAGCAGGAGAAAAAGCGGUGUCUGGGGCUGAAGGCCGUGCGGGUGGCCCGGCUGCCCUUGUUCCUCUAUACCCUCCGAGCCAGCCACAGCCUGCUGGUGGACGAUGGGCGGCAGCUGAUCAUCGGCGCCUGCGUGGAGUGCGGGACCCUGGUGUGUGCUGGCCCAGGGCUCGCCCGCCAGGGGCCCGUGGGGUGGAGCUCACCAGUGGCAGCGGCAAUGAAGGUCACGUCUGCAUCUCUCGAGGCAACGACAGCUGUCCAUGCCCCCGCCAGGGAGCCUGAGCCUCGGCCAGGCGCCCCAGCAGAGAGCACACCCAGAGGCCCCAGGACGGCCCAGGAGCCGGGGCUCCCCCGGUUUCAGCAGAGCGGCGUGCCCGGAGCGGACCUCGCGGGCGCAGGCACAGGCAUGAGCCAUGAGCCCAAGUCCCCUUCACUAGGGAUGCUUUCCACCGCGACCAGGACCACCGCCACCGUCAACCCCCUCACCCCCUCGCCGCUCAAUGGCGCCCUGGUGCCCAGCGGCAGCCCCGCCACCAGCAAUGCGCUGUCGGCCCAGGCCGCGCCGUCCUCCAGCUUUGCCGCCGCGCUGCGCAAGCUCGCCAAACAGGCGGAGGAGCCCAGAGAGAAGCUGAAGGAGGCGGGCCUGCAGGUCCCGAAGCCCGGGCAGCACCCCUUGCAGCCCGCGCCCACCGCCCACCACGCCGUGCCCAGCCUCCUCUCCAACCACAGCAUCUUCCCGCUGCCGGGCAGCAGCGCCACCACAGCCCUGCUGAUCCAGCGCACCAACGAGGAGGAAAAGUGGCUGGCACGGCAGCGGCGGCUGCGGCAGGAGAAGGAGGACCGGCAGUCCCAGGUGUCGGAGUUUCGGCAGCAGGUGCUGGAGCAGCACCUGGACAUGGGCCGGCCCCCGGUGCCCACGGAGGCGGAGCACAGGCCGGAGAGCGCCAGGCCAGGACCAAACCGUCCAGAGCUGGGCGGCCGAGACGCCCCACAGCACUUUGGCGGGCCCCCGCCGCUCAUCUCGCCCAAGCCCCAGCACCAUUCUGUGCCCACGGGCCUCUGGAACCCGGUGUCCCUCAUGGACAGCAGCCUGGAGACACGGCGGGCCCCUGAGAGCCACCCUCUGCACAGCCACCCCACUCCGUUUGAGCCCAGCCGCCAGGCGGCCGUCCCACUGGUGAAGGUGGAACGGGUCUACUGCCCGGAGAAGGUGGAAGAGGGGCCCCGGAAGCGAGAGGCCACCCCCCUGGACAAGUACCAGCCACCCCCAAGAGAGGCAGCGAGCCUGGAGCACCAGGCCUUUCCUCACGGGCCCGGGCCCUUUCUGGCUGAGCUGGAAAAAUCCACCCAGACCAUCCUGGGCCAGCAGCGGGCCUCCCUCACCCAGCCUGCCCCCUUUGGGGAGCUCACUGGGCCCCUGAAGCCAGGCUCACCGUACCGGCCCGCAGCCCCACGGGGCCCGGACCCCGCCUACAUCUACGAUGAGUUCCUGCAGCAGCGGCGGAGGCUGGUCAGCAAGCUGGACCUGGAGGAGCGCAGGCGGCGAGAGGCCCAGGAGAAAGGAUACUUCUACGACGUGGAUGACUCCUACGAUGAGAGCGACGAGGAGGAGGUCAGGGCCCACCUCCGCUGCGUGGCCGAGCAGCCGCCACUCAAGCUGGACACUUCCUCCGAGAAGCUAGAGUUUUUGCAACUUUUUGGCUUGACCACCCAACAGCAGAAGGAGGAAUUGCUGACCCAGAAGCGGAGGAAGCGGCGGCGGAUGCUGAGGGAGAGAAGCCCGUCGCCCCCGACGAUUCAGAACAAGCGGCAGACGCCUUCACCGAGACUGGCACUGUCCACCCGCUACAGUCCCGACGAGAUGAACAACAGCCCCAACUUCGAAGAGAAGAAGAAGUUCCUGACCAUCUUCAACCUGACUCACAUCAGUGCCGAGAAGAGGAAAGACAAAGAGAAACUUGUUGAAAUGCUCCAUGCCAUGAAGCAGAAGGCCCUGUCCGCAGCAGUGGCAGACCCACUCAGGAACUCUCCGAGGGACAGUCCUGCUGUCUCCCUGAGCGAACCAGCCACGCAGCAAGCCUCUCUGGAUACGGAGAAGCCUGUGGGUGUUGCUGCUUCCUUGUCUGACGUUGCAAACGCCAUGGAGCCUGGGAGACUGGAGCAGCUCCGGCCGCAGGAGCUGUCGCGGGUCCAGGAGCCAGCUCCUGCCAGCAGCGAGAAGGCCAGGCUGAGUGAGGCCCCCGGGGGCAAGAAGAGCCUAAGCAUGCUUCAUUACAUCCGGGGCCCUGCGCCCAAGGACAUUCCCGUGCCACUGUCCCACAGCAUCAACGGGAAGAGCAAGCCGUGGGAGCCCUUCAUGGCGGAGGAGUUUGCACAUCAGUUCCACGAGUCUGUGCUGCAGUCCACCCAGAAGGCCCUGCAGAAGCAUAAAGGGAACGUAGCCGUGCUGUCUGCAGAGCAGAACCACAAAGUUGACACGUCCAUCCACUACAACAUUCCCGAGCUACAGUCCUCCAGCCGGCUCCCUCUGCCCCAGCACAACGGGCAGCAGGAGGCCCCCCCUGGGAGGAAGGGCCCCCUCACGCAGGAGAUGGACCAGGACUCAGAGGAGGACGAGGAAGACGGAGAGGAGGAGGAGGACGAACCCCCCAGGCGCAAGUGGCAAGGGAUUGAGGCAAUCUUUGAAGCUUACCAGGAACAUAUAGAAGAGCAAAACCUGGAGCGGCAGGUCCUGCAGACGCAGUGCAGACGGCUGGAGGCCCAGCACUACAGCCUCAGCCUCACAGCCGAGCAGCUCUCCCACAGCAUGGCGGAGUUGAGAAGCCAGAAACAGAAGAUUGUUUCAGAGAGGGAGCGACUCCAGGCAGAACUGGAUCACUUAAGGAAGUGCCUUGCGUUGCCUGCAAUGCAUUGGCCUAGAGGUUAUUUUAAGGGAUAUCCUAGGUGACGGUUUCCCUUGCACUAGGCCGAACCUAUAGUAUAGAAAUAUUAUCUAUUUUAUUACCUUGAAUAUUUAAUAUUUUUCACUGGGAGGUUUGAAGCUUAAAACAAAACAAAAAGAGAAUGUGCCAUGCAUGAAGCAAAGGAUUCCAGGCUCUGAAGAACGAAUGAACUCGCCUUGACUUCAAUGCAGCUGAAUCACCUUUGUCAUUCAGUGAGCAACCGAUGUAGGACGCCCAUAGUUCUUUUUAAAGGUGGUUUUAUUCUUCCCCCGGUCAUUAUUUUCGAAUCUGAAAGUGAAGGCUCCCUUACCAACACUAAAACUUGAUCAUUUAUGGCCCCUGGGUGCAUAAGACUGGAUCAGACCGAGCGUGUUCUGUUCCUGGUGUGGCCGUGUUAGCACGUCCUGAGAACCCAGUCUGCUUUCGCUGCAGCGUUGGGUCGGCCUCGCUCCUCCCCAGGACUGAGACCUGCUUCAGCUGGAAGAAGGUGGGGUGCAUUUCCGGUAAAGGGCUUAUUUGUUUGUUACUUUUCUGCAAAAUUUUCGAAGCAACAGGUCCUAGGAGCACACAAAGCAACAGUACUGAAGCCUCACCCAAAGGCUUUUCCCUGGAAAAGCUCUUCUCUAAAGCGCAUCAACAAACUGAAGGUACCUUUUUAUUACUCCGUGGGGGGAAAUGUACAGAGCUGUGUGUCUACAUACGUUCACACCCACCGAUUGUUACUGCGGCGGGCUGUGUUUUCAUACAAACGUAAAUUUUGAGAGAAAAGUCAAAGGUGCUUCAGCCUUGUACUGUGUAUAUAUAUUAAAAAACAAAGUUUUGUAUGUUUUUAUUACUUUAAUUAUUGUUAUAAAAAGCCUGCCAUUUUUAAUAUGUGGUUUGGGGGGAUUUUUGUUUGUUUUCCUGUUUGGGGGUUUUGUUUGUUUUUUUGCUUUUGUUUUUCUGGGCAAAAAAACUUGCUUUUAGUGUUUGUACUGCUGCUGGUCAGGACAUUAAAAUAUUGAAGUGUUUUUAAAAAUUGAAAAGUAAAAGAGCUUACCACUGGCGCCUAUGAGAUCACUUCAUUUUUGAGUUGUACCAGAAAGUGAUGUAGAAAGCCAUGUGUUCCUUCUUACCUCCUCCUGUCCCCUCCCCCUGGCUCUGGACGGCAAACAGAACCAGUUGCUAUUGAGGAGGGCCUCGUCCCCAGGCGGGAACGAGCAGCUGCCAUGUGUGCACGCAGCUCUGUUGAAAGAACCAGUCAGGAAGUGAGCGAGUUCUGUGAUAGGAUUCGAAGGUGUCUUACAGCAGUCUGAGAACAGGUGCAAAGUAGAAACUUUAGAAGCUUUAUUUAGAUGCAAAGCUUUGUAAAAGCCUAAAAGUAGGGUAAACAAUGUCUGAGCUGAACUCCUCCUCCUCUCGGGAACUUACUGUUAAGAGCACAGGAGCGGCUAGAAACUAGGAAGGCCAUCUUAGUGCAAAGAGUGUUUCCUUCUCGUCCCAGUUACUGCUUAUUCAGGCAGUGCCUAAUCUAGAUCAAGCAGAUAAUCUCUUGCCGAAUGGGCCUAAACCGGAGGCCAAAGCAGCCAGUGGUUGGUCUGUCGGGGGUGGGAGUGGAGGCAAGAGUCUUGAUGGCCACUGUCCCCUUCACCCCGGGUCAGGGGAAGGGCUGGCUGACCUUCAGGAAGGCUACUCACUGCGAUCAGUGGCCGCACCCUCAGCCCCAGACCUUAGCUGUGCAGAACAGCUUGCUGGCAGAUGGCACUGCGUUGCUUUAUCUGUUCCCACACCGUUUGCUUUGUAUGUCUGCCAAGAAUCUUCCAGUUAUUAGCAAACUCAGACAAAAAGUGCCGCCAGUAUUAGCAGCAGUCAACAAGCGCCUUCCUCUCCGCAAAAACGACUUGAAGAGAACGAAGGCCUGUUCUGUGGGCCUCCUCCCCUGCAAAGACAUUGAGAGAUCAACAUGUUCCACAAGUGGGGACAGGUGUUCAGAGGGAGCUCUACUGCCAACAGUCAGGGAAAACUAUUACUGAAUGUCUCUAAAGUCGGCUUGCUACUUCCAGUCUGAAACAGCAAGCUUAAGAGUUACAUCUUUGCACCUCACUCCCUGUCCCCCACCAUCACAGGAAAGGGCUGGAUGCCCCUGCUGAUCAGCUUGGCAAUGGCCAGAGGAAACAGGAAGCACAGCCCAGCCCCUCACCAGCCCAGGCGAGUCCCUUGUAGGGGUUUUCUGUAAUGGGAGGAGGUCGUGGGGUAAAGGGAUGCAGCCAUACGGGAGAGGUCUCUGACCAGGGGUACAAGCUGUGUCCCUGAGCUAGAAGAACUGCUCCUGUCCCUUCUGAUUGAAAACACCACCUUGCCCCUGCCUUCCUGCUUCUGUCACUCUGCCUCCCCACACUCUCACCUAUCUGUAAUAAGACAAUCAGAAUAUAAACCAGUAAGGCAGCAUGAAGAAACUCAGAAAAAGGUAAGAAAGCAUCUUUAGAAAACAAAAGUGUACCAUUAAGACCUAGUGCUUGAAUGGUUUUUCCCAUCUGGUAAUCUUCAGAUGAUUCAGAAACAGCCCAGUAGCACCUAAGUCUCUUCAGUUUGGGCUUAAAAUUUAAUAGAUACAUAAUUUCUGAAGCUUUUUGUUCAGCUAGUUCACAAUGAGUUUAAAAGAUGAAGUUCAGAAGUACACCACAUUUGCUCUAGAAUGGGUUAUGCAACUUCUGUCAGUAUUUUCAUGAAGACCUGUCUUUCACGACCUUGUGUCUUCCUGCCGCACCUGGAAGAGAGGGCUGCCAUCUGUCCUGAAGGGGAUUUCACUCAACUUGUGAGGGUGCUCUCCCAAAGCCAAGGUCAGGUGGUUCCACAUUUAAUCAGAUCAUUAGAAACAAACCAGAGCUCUCCCUAAAACUUGGCACUAUAUAACCUCAUCAUUUGGAAAUGUUUUCACAUAAUUAGAGCCAAACGGACAUAAAAUAGGAUCUUAAUCCAUUAUCUCAGAUAAGUGACCAAGGUAAGACUUAACAGUUUCUCCUAUGGAAAGAAUAUAGGCUAAACACUUAAUUGGCAUUAACAUUCUCAUAGAUUAUAUCCUUAAAGAAACUCCAAGAAUAGUAAAAGGAGCCCACACUUUCAGCAGCCGAGAAUUACAACACAAGAAAUCUCAAGUUCGUACGUGGAAUGGUAUUUUCCUCAAACAGCUCAAUAAUGCUGCCAAAUUUCAAAAAUCAGAUAACCCCCUUUUCCCUCUGAGUCGUUUUUAAGUAGAAAAUUCCAAGGAUCCACCACAAGAUGGAGAUGGUCAGCACAAGCUGAUUCUGUUACUCUUAGGUGUAUAUUAGCCACUUAGCAGUCAUCCCUGCACUCCUUCAAGGAAACCAGUUACUGACUUCCUCACUACUUGCAGUAAGUUCAUCCCAACUUUCUGGUCCAGCGCUUAAGUGAAACUCUUACCUCUGCCUUGACCUGAGGAAGACCAUGCUAAUUGGUUGUGUUACUUUGUAUGUACCCUGUGCUUAACGUAGAACAGUAAAACCAGUACAUGAGAGGGAGGAGGAAUGCCUCGGUCACUCUGGGGGCAGUUUAGAUGCUGUGAAAUUAAACCUGUUCUAAGUGUACUUGUUUGAAUUAAUUGUAUUGUAAUAUUAUUUGUUGAAUGUAGUAAUUAGGUAUUUAUGAAUAUAUUGCUGUAAUUUCUGACAACAUCCAAAAAAAUAAAAUCUUCCUAAAUCAUG